UAUUUACUUGAUAUAAUGGAUACAUUGGAAGAGUUUGUGAUACGCACGGCGAGCAAAUUUGAUCUAGAGCAAUUGGGACUUCUUUUUACCGACGAUUCGACCAAACGUUUUGGAGACAAGCAGGACCUGUCCCUGAAUCAACUAUUCAUUGAGUAUCAAUCGCAUCGCUUCGUUGUUCACUUGGCUGGAUCGCCGCAGACUCUGUUGGCCUACGCUGAGUUUUGUAUAUAUCCCAAUAUUCCGGUGCUGUCAAACGAUUUGUGGCCGCAAUGGUUGAAGUGUCGUUUCUGUGUGGACGUGCCACUUACACUAAUGAAUACGAUGUUCUUUAACUUUUGCAUAUAUAGUCAACGUCAUACAGAUAUACUGAAAGAGCUCAUCAUGGAGUUAUUUUAUUGUGAGCACAAGAUAAACUAUUUGAUAGUAGCUAGGCCGCCGAGCUAUUCUUUCCAAGCAUACGCUCAGAUGGAAGACUUUGGCAGGGUCUAUUACCCAAGCAGCUUCGAUAUGUUCGACUGCAAGAACUUGCCCACGAUUAUAGUGAUAUCGCGCGAAAGGUUUAUGCCUAUCAUAGUCUUUCGCAAGGCCCUGCCUGAGGACAACGAUGAUGUCAUCGAUAUGAUCGAUGUUGAGGAGCCGCAUAUGCGACACGAGCACGGAGACUAUUUUAUAGCAGAGAUUCUAUUGGGUACAUCUGGCAGCAAUAUGGAUGAUGAUAAAAUUAUCGUUACGGAGGACGACAGGUCUGUUGCCGAUGGCAGCACGGGCAUGAUGUGGCUAUCAACCGCCACGGACAUAGAAGAGUUGAUCAGGAAUUUCGAUUUGGAGAGCUUGGGCAACCUGGUGACCUGUACUCCCGACGUACCGCAUGGCACUGUUCAGUUCGAAGUCUUCACGGCCGAGCAGCGCGAAUACUUCAAUCUGCGGCCAAAGUUGGCUUUCCUGCCGGAAGAACGUGUGACAAUAAGAACCCCAGCGGACGGCCCUGGUUCAAAAGCAGCAGAAUCGCAAGGGAUUGACUUACUCUAUACAAAUUUCAAAUACAUACGCGACGAGCUCCACAAUCGCAGCAACUAUUUGGAUAAGGUGGCCAAGACCUUGAACAUAGCAUUCGACAUACCAGGACACUAUCAUAAGAAGAGGAAGUACUCAUUGCAGGACGCCUCGAAGGCGUUCGGACUGAAGAACUUCAUACUGCACCCCAGUUUGCGACUGGAGUACACCUAUUAUUACCUCUGCGCCAUGUUCAGCGCCUAUCCAGAUUGCGAUUAUUGUGUGGUGUCCGUUUCGCCAGGCACCAAGUACUCGGUCAGCCUGUGGGCUCUCCUCCAGUUCUUUAUUCGCGUACAAAAUCGUCCCAGCUGCAAUGUCUCCGACGACGUCUUCAUCGCACAUCGUUCAUCGAUAUACACCGAACUGAGUGUUUAUCGAUUCGUUAAGGAAGAUCUCGAUGAUAUUUACAACUUGCUGCUUACUGAUAAUAAAUCAAGAACGGAGUCCGGAGCUCGCAGCACGUACAGGCACUUAUAUGUCAAGAUGAAGAAGAGCUCCCAGAUGAAAAUUGUGAAGCAGAUAAGUAGCGACGUUAUCCACAAUAAGCUGUCGGAGUUCAGCUUCUGGGUCAUUCGCUGUGGCCAUACGAGCAGGGACAAUACCACAACGGUGGGCUUUGCUAUAUUGCGUCCCUUCUCGGACUAUGAGGCGGUUUAUAAGCAAUUCGUGUUGCCCCACGACGACGGAAAUCUGACGUUUGAGCGCGGCGAGAUUGUGAUGCUGUGCCUUCAUCCCUACUUCCAUAUGUGGUCGGAUGAGCUGCUGCGCGCGGUAGCCAUACGAUCGGGCUUUCGAGAGAUUUUCUACUUACAGGAAAUUAAGGGCGACGCUCUGUCCAACGACCUGGCCCCCAAGAUGAUGCCCGUGGAGCCGCGACGAAUGCGCCGCAAUUGGUUUAUCGAUACUCAGGCUCAGGAAUGCUAUCGGCGUAUAUCGGAUCAGGUGGAUCUUUCGCAAAUCAACUGCGUCACGGACGAGUUCUAUCUGCUACGUCACAACUUAAUGCCAUCCAAAUAUAUUGGCAACAAGAAUGCGGUCGUCAUCGUCGGCUUCUCGGACGUCUGCAAGGCUUUUCUCCGCCUCAUGAUCUUCAACUGGAAUACGCCCGACUACAAAUAUGUGAGUGUCAACAACUGCCUGCCCCUACUGGACAUAACGGUAAUUGCGGAUCACGGCGAAGUCGAGGCAGAGUACGAUCUAAAUGUCCACUGUCGCUACUGCACAGAAAAGAAAGACUGCUACAUGUGCAAUGCGAACAGCUGCCCCUUUGUCAUGGACACCACGCAGCGGCUGGACAUGCGCAACUACAUUAACUUCAUCUCGGGCAGUGUGGAGAUCAUCAAUCGCCAGGAAAAGUACCUCGGCCUGGAUAGCCACUGCAAGAUCUAUUACGAUAAGCUGCUGCUGCUGUGCGACACGAAGCACGGACUGCCGGAGUCAUACGAGCAUGUCCUUCAGAAUCAAGACCUGCCGUACAACUAUGCGCAGAUCAAUGGACGAUUGGACAAGAUCGAGCUGUACCACAAACUGACAGAGUUCAACAAAGCCGAUUUGCCCAACAACGUAAUCAUCGUCUAUGGCAGCAAUUUGGCCACCUAUGAGGGCAUUAAUUUUCUGCUGACCCACGGUUGUCCGGCAUCCAAGAUUGUGUCUGUCCAGCCGCAUAGGAUGGUGCAUUCGCAGUUCGAAAACAAUCCCACGAGUGACAACAAUUUGGAGAUCAUCUUGCUGAAUAUGAUUACUGACUUGGGCAUCACCGUCUAUGAGUCGUUCAGAUUGGAAACCUUUUGCUACUAUCCGUCGAGUAACUUCAUAGAGAAAGUCCACUUCAAGCGUUUUCCCAGCAACCAAGACGUGUACCUGUACUGCAACCUGUUUAUCAAUUACAUGGAGAACUUCCUGCCGAUGCGCAUUGCCCGAAUGCUACGCUUGAGCAAAAUCACAGUGGAGGACAGCAGGAUCUUGGUCGAUGAGAAAUAUACUACGAAUGAUGAGUUCAUUUAUGCAGCCGGCAAUCAUGUGUCAUUUGUCUGGGAAGUCUUCUAUCAGCAUAUAUAUACCAAUGAACGUGAGAUGGCUCAAAAGUUGUUGGACAUUUUGGACCUGGGCAUGGAGAAGCAAUUCAGGGAGAAUAAGUUCGGAAAGCCCUGCGUCUUUCACGCUCGUCUGCCUCUUAAUCAUAUGAUUAUAAAAAUAACGGCACCCAAGCGUUAUUUAUUGGGCAAUCUGCCGAAUGAGUACAGCCACAUCAUAAGCACCUAUGACGGCGACUUCUGUCGAGUGCGCAUGAAUCCCAAGUUAUUUGUCGAGGAAAUCGUGUGUGUGACACGUAAGCUGGAGCGACCUUUGUUUUUUCUGGAGUACUUUUGUGGACGACAUGUUACACUGCUGAAUAAUUUGCAACAUCGCUGGAAAAUGGGUAUGAUUAAGAGUUUCAUUACCUAUUUCGAGGAACCGUGGACAGAAUAUAUAAUGCACGAUCGCUUCGAUGAGAUGCAGGUGAAGAAUUAUGAAGCCCUCAAGUCGAUGCACCAGCACAUGAUCAGCAAGUUCAAUACUGUUCGUGAUUCAGAUUUUAGGGAUGCGAUCAAACACUUUCUGGAAGCGAAUCUGCUUCAAUUUCUGCGCAAAUAUCGUGAUGAAUUUGUCAACAAGUUUGCCCUGCCAGAGGAUUGGACCACUUAAGAUAUAUGUAUAUAUCUUUAUUCUAUUAGGGUUUCAGCUUAGUGUCUCUGGCUUGGCUAUAGGAGUACAACACAUUUAAGCCCAACUGCUCGAAGUACCCCUGCAAAACAAAUGUUAUUUGCAUAUUAGUUUAAUGAAAGUCUUGCAUACCUUUAAGCUGAACAUUUUAUUAUCUAUAUUUUUUAUGCUGGC